AUGCAACAAUUUAAAGACAGCGUCGAGUAUGAUGGUCAGCGCUACACCGUCGCCAUGCCGAAGCGACCGUCAAUCCUCCAGCUCUCGAACAACUUGGAGAUAGCUCGGAAUCGUUUGAUUGCUAAGCGGCGCAGCCUGUCUCGAAACCAGGAGUCCUUCCGGCGUUAUGAUGCGGAGAUAUCGAAAUUCCUCAUGGAGGGCCACGCCGAAGAAGUCCACGUCGACAAUCUCAGUGCUCCAAGCGCACGUGACCGUUCCUACUAUCUACCGCAUCGUCAAGUCAUAACACAACGCGCCCACGGAGACAAAUGGCGAAUCGUCUUCGAUGGUUCAGCGGCUGCGCCCGGAGAGACAUCGCUUAACUCCCAUCUACUAACCGGUCCGAACCUAAACCCGGAUAUACUCAAGCUAAUGCUCAACUUCCGUCUGCGUCCAGUCGCAUUGUCAGCUGAUGUCGCCCAAGCGUAUAUGACCAUCAACCUCGUCGAGGAGGACAGACCGUAUUUCCGAUAUCUUUGGCAGGGACCUCAGGAUAAAGAGGUCCGAUGUUUCCAAAUGCGCAAAGUCGUAUGGGGAGCGACGCCCAGCGGCUUUCUGCUGGCUGCUGUUCUCAGAGAGCACUUCGGGCGGAUUGAUCCUGAGUCGAAAUUCGACCUCGGCAACUCAUUCUAUUUCGACGACAUGUUGCGUAGUUUCGACUCCAUUGAGGAUGCCAGGCAUUUCGUUGAAAAGCUCAUACCUUGGAUGAGGGCUGCUGGGAUGACUCUCGGGAAAUGGAAGUCGAAUUCCGAGGAGAUCCUCCAGCAUGUGAACUCUAUCACCUCAUCUGGAUGUACCCCCGGACUUGUCGAGACCGGUCUUCUGAAGGUGCUUGGAAUUGCUUGGUCCCCAGGCGAGGACAGUUUCCACUUCCAGCUCGCAGAUCUUGUCAAGACUACUACGGACAUCAAACGAGUAACGAAGCGCAACGUACUGCGCAUUGUCGCUUCCAUCUUCGAUCCAAUCGGUUGGCUCACCCCAUUUACACUUCGAGGAAAACUGCUAAUACAACGAUUGUGGGACACGAAACUCCGUUGGGACGACGCCAUGUCGGGCGCUCUUCUGCAGGAUUUCACGACGUGGUCGUCUGAAAUUCCAAUGCUCACCACUCUCAGUCUUCCCCGUUCGUGUUGGGAUACGCAACGAAAGAUCACAUCCUAUCAUCUCCACGUCUUCGGAGACGCCAGUGAGCGAGCGUAUGCUGCAUGUGCUUAUCUUCAGGGCAUAUACGCGAAUGGAGGCAGCAGCUGCAUGCUCGUGAUGUCGAAAUCUCGGGUCGCCCCAAGAGAUGGCACGACCUUACCGCGCCUUGAGCUACUCUCGGCCCUUCUGGGGGCCCGACUGCGAUCAUUCAUUAUCGAGCGCCUGAGUGUGUCGGUCGAGCGGGUGUUCCACUAUACCGAUUCUACUGUCGCGUUCCACUGGUGUACGUCAACUGAUCCUACGAAAUGGAAAACAUUUGUCUGCAAUCGCGUGAUCGAAAUUCAAAGGCUCUCAUCGCCUUCUGAAUGGUUUCACGUUCCCGGCAAAGAAAAAAUCCCGAAUUGGUAG